GGAAAGUAAUAAUUCAUUUGAUAAAUUUCGAAGAAAUGACAAACUUAAUAGAAAGCCCGACUGCCAAAAAUUACAUACAUCUCAGCAAUCGAUAGUAUCGUGUAUCGUGCAAUGCAAUAGAUAUUUACCAUCUCUACAUAGGUCAGCCAAUGGAAGAAACAAUAACAAAUUUAUCCAAAUAACAAACAAGGAAACCUUCACACAUGGCCACCAAGCACGAAGAUAUUCGUGAUAAAAUCGAAAAUGGCAUCUAUAAGCUCGCAACAAAUGUCAAAAGCACACGCAGCACGGUGUGGCGCGUUUAUCGAAAGAUUGAAAAAGAUGACGGCAAAAUAUUGGAGCACGUCUUGUAUUGUACGGGUUGCAAAAAUCUGAUGUCUUUCACGCACAAGUCCACGACAAAUUUGCGAAGACACAAGUGUCAUUUGCAAUAUUUGAAGAAACAGGCGUAUUGCAAUGGAUAUGCAGACGCAAACAGCACAAAGGAAUGGUUCAAGGAUGACGAAGCAGAAAUGUCUGUGGAAGACAUUCUAAUGGAGGCGGAGUCGCAGCUUAAAGUGGAUAAUGAUGAAUGCUCGGAGUCUGCCUCCUCAAUGAUGGACGAGGUGGAGAAAAAGCCCACUUCGACGGACGUUGCUGCAUUUAUGGCGCUUCGAGGAGCUGGUGGUGACGCUGCCGGUAACAGUGCGACUCUCGUCCAGCAGUCUAAAGGCAACGGUGAUCCACUCAACGUUGGUACCGCAUGCAUUACGAACUUAAAUUCACGUCGCUCUGACGUUUUUGUGUCCCACGAUGUUAGCGAGGCCGAAGAAUCGGCGAUAUAUGCACAAACAUGGUCCUUGGAAUACCGCAAACUGACAGAAGAUCAAAAAUUCUAUGCGAAGAGGGCUAUUGAUGAGAUCUUUGUUCUGGGGAGAUUAAGACGUUUAACGUUAAAUACGGUACCAGCGGUAACCGAGUGAAAUACUCCAAUAAUUUUGUAUGCGUAGACUAAAUAUAAUUAGACUUUACUCUUACAAAAUAUGUAACAUACAAAUGUAUAUAAUUUAUUAGAUAAAUUCUCUGGUCUCGGUUGUUAAGAACUUAAUCUUAAAUAUGUAGCAAAGUAGUCUUGGAAAGACAACCACUUCCCACCUUACAAAAUCAUUAAAUAUAAAUG